CUUUACUUUAUUUCACCUCGUCGUACAUACCAAAGUUGUACUCCUUUAUUCCUCGUCUCCUUCGUAUACACUCUAUCUACUCUACUUAUCGAUGGAAUGAUCUUUCGACUGUUACACGUACCGUCGACCACAACAGUUUCGAGGAUAUUGUCACAAUCACCGGUGUUUUGCCACAGCCUCAGUAAUUUUUGGAUAUCACGAUUGAAAGCCCGAACACAGAUAUGCCGCCGAAACGCAAAGCCGCCGCUGCAGUCGUCGCUGCUGUGAUCGAGAGCGACGUGAGUGAGGGUGGUGAGGGUGGUGAUAGCGAUGGGUUUGUUCCUGAGGAAUCGGAGUCGGAGGACUCUCAGCCAGAAAUGGAGGUGGAGGUGGACGGGGGGAAGAACGUGAAGCCUAAGGGCAAGGCUACAAAGAAGAAGGCACCGAAGGCGGCGAAGGAGAAUGGGGACGGUGAAGGUGAAGGAGAGGAGAAGAAGAAACCAGCAGCCAAACGGAAGCCUGUGAAGAAGGAGCCAGAAGAGGACGACGAGCCCCGUGUUAGGGCGCCGGAGUUUAAUAGCUCCUACGUGCCUAUUCCGUUCAAGGGACGGAUAGGAUAUGCGUGUCUGAAUACCUACCUCCGCACUAGCGUUCCGCCCGUCUUCUGCUCGCGCACAUGUCGUAUCGAAACGAUUCUCAAGCAGGGAGAAUGGACGACAGCGGGACUUCCGUUCGUGCAAUCCCUCGCCCUCCAGAACGCAAAGGACCUGUCCACCCUGAUCCGCUGGAACGAGAAAUACAAAAUCCGCUUCCUUCGUAUCUCCUCCGAGAUGUUUCCCUUCGCGUCGCACGCAAAGUACGGCUACAACCUCGAUUUCGCCCGAGAGACACUGGGCGAGGCCGGGAAGCUCGCAAUGAAGUUUGGUCAUAGACUUACGACGCAUCCGGGGCAGUUCACGCAGCUGGGGAGUCCUAGGCCCGAGGUUAUCAAGGCUAGCAAGAAGGAUUUGGAGUAUCACUCGCAGCUACUGAGCGGGCUGGGAAUGGAGGGGCAGGCAGACAAAGACGCAGUGAUGAUCCUGCAUAUGGGCGGUAUGUUUGGGGACAAAGGGGAGACGCUCGACAGAUUUAGAAAGAACUAUGCGGGAUUGAGUGAGGAUGUUAAAGCCCGCCUGGUGCUCGAAAACGACGAUGUGAUCUGGUCUGUGCACGACCUCCUCCCGAUCUGCGAGGAACUCAACAUCCCGCUCGUCCUCGAUUACCACCACAACAACAUAAUCCACGACGAGUCGAUGCGGGCGGGGACCGAGGACAUCCAGCAGUUCUUCCCACGGAUCAAGGCUACGUGGACGCGCAAGGGCAUCACGCAGAAGCAGCACUACUCCGAGCCCUGCGAGGGAUCCGUCACCGGCCGCGAAAUGCGGAAACACUCCCCUAGAGUCCUUAACCUUCCGCCGUGCGACGAUACGAUGGACCUCAUGAUCGAGGCGAAGGAUAAAGAGCAGGCCGUGUUUGAGCUGUACAGGAGGUAUGGGAUUGAGGACGGCGGAGGGGCGAAGGAGGUCGCGCCGCAUGAGAGGAGUGAUGAUAAUAGACCGCCGAAGAAGGGCGAGGCGGAGAGGGAGGAGGUGCCGGAGGAGGAGCUGGGAAUGGGUGGACCCGAGGGAAGGGUGUAUUGGCCGCUUGGGAAGGAGGAGUGGCUGACACCAAGGAAGAGGGUGCUGAAGAAGAAAGAGGUUGAAGAUUUGGAGGAUGGGGCGCCGGUGAAGAGUACGAGGGGAAAGAAGGUUAAGAAGGAGGAGAACCACGAUAAAGAAGCUAUGAAGGAGGAGGAUAAUGGUGAAGAAGCGCCGGAACCGAUGCCGACAAAGAAAGCCAGGCGGAAGAACGGCGUUAAGAAGGAGGAUGAUGGCGAAGAAGCGCCGGAACCUAUGCCAGCAAAGAAAGCCAGGCGGAAGAACGGCGUCAAGAAGGAAAUUGACGGCGAACAGCAGUCGACAGCACCACCACCAGCAAAAAAGUCCAAGCGCGCCGCAGGCCCAUCCAAGUCCAUUACAUCGACCUCUACCCUCAUCACACUGCCAUACACAAACGAAAAACCCAGGCGUGGAAGAUCCGCGAAGGAAAUUGUGCACCCGCCUCCCCCAACAUCACUGAUGGAUCCGGAGUCGUCGGGGCUUAGUGAUCUCGAUAUUAUGGACACGGAGGAUGUGGCGGUCGUGGUGGGGGAGGAGGGGGAUGUAUAGAUGGUGAAGGGAGGAGGGACAAAAGGAUGUUGUACGAUAGUUGGGUUACAUACAUACUAAGUUUAAUAAGAGUGGAAUUGACUUGUACCUAUCUUGGCCGGAUAGGAUCACAAAUGGGGGUAUAUAUUCCGAAGAAC